GCCCGGAGGAGCUAAGGGCGGAAGCGUUGCCCUUACUUAUGGCAUCGAUGGCGGCAGCGGAUCCAGGCCCGGCUUGUUUGGUUCGAGCCGCCCAGAAGGACGAGGUUUACCGGGCGGCGCUGAGGAGCGGCUCCGGGGCGGCUCUGGGCAGCUUGGCCGGGGCUAAAACAUGGCUGGAGUGGCAGAAGGAAAUCGAGCUGUUUGCAGACGUGGCGUAUUUCACUCUUACAACCCUUUCAGGUUACCAAACUCUUGGCGAAGAAUAUGUCGGUAUCAUCCAAGUGGACGCAUCGGGCAAGCGAGUGCCUUCGGUGCUUCGGCGGGCCGCUUUCAUUGCUCUGCACGCGGUCUUGCCUUACAUGUUAGACAAGGGACUAAAGCACCUGGAACACGAACUUGAGGCAGAAUCAGAUGGGACGAGGACGCCGCAGAGCGGAUACUUGGGUAGACUGAGGAGUCGAAGUUUCUUACAGCAUUGGUUGCGGAAAUGGCUUGGCACGUUAACAGCGCAGCAGAAGAAAACGCUUGGCCAGUCUGCGUACAUCCUCAGGCAAAGCCUCCCACUUCUUCGGAGGCUGCACUUGGCCAUCUUUUAUAUGAAUGGUCUCUUCUACCACCUGUCAAAGAGGAUGACAGGGAUCGCAUACCUUCGCUAUAUGGGAUUUGCUGGAGACCAGAGGAAAGUUCGAUCCAGCUACAGAUGGCUGGGGAUUGUCUCACUGCUGCAUCUGGCGCUGAUGGUUGGCAUGCACACCUACAGGUUCCAACAGAUGAAAAGGGCAAGGCAAGAAUGGAAGCUGCAUCGCAACCUGUCCUAUCAAAGGACUCAGACUGAGGAGCGGUUCCUGAACCGCAGUUCUUACUGCACUCUGUGCUUAGAAGAACGGCAGCAUACCACAGCCACUCCAUGCGGGCACCUCUUUUGCUGGGAAUGCGUCACAGAGUGGUGCAACACAAAGGCUGAGUGCCCAUUAUGUAGAGAGAAAUUCCAUCCACAGAAGCUGAUUUACCUGCGACACUAUCAAUGAGAUUUCCUGGCCAGACUCUCAGAUGGCAAAAUGCUGGGAGCCAACUAAAGUACAAUUUUCAAUCAAUGAUAUGCAAGACUUUGAUAUUAAAUUCCUGCAAUAAAAAACUGAGCAGCCAAA